CAGGUCGCCCUAAACAAAAAAAAAAAAUUCUCACUCAACUGUAUAUUGAGUGUUUGGUUGUAGCAAAAAAAAAAAGCAUGGCGUCGUCUUCAUCGAGCAGCGGGUACGACAUUCCAUGGGUGGAGAAGUACAGACCCACUAAAGUUUCUGACAUUGUUGGCAACGAAGAUGCUGUCUCUCGCCUCCAAGUUAUCGCUCGCGACGGCAACAUGCCCAAUCUCAUCUUAACUGGUCCUCCAGGUACAGGAAAGACAACGAGCAUAUUGGCUCUUGCACAUGAGUUGCUAGAAUCAAACUGCAAGGAGGGAGUUCUGGAGUUAAAUGCUUCAGAUGAUAGGGGUAUUGAUGUUGUCAGAAACAAAAUUAAGAUGUUUGCGCAGAAGAAAGUUACUCUGCCUUCUGGGAGACACAAAAUAGUUAUAUUGGAUGAAGCGGACAGCAUGACAUCUGGAGCUCAACAAGCUUUGAGAAGGACAAUGGAAAUAUACUCAAACACUACCCGCUUUGCUCUUGCAUGUAAUACUUCUUCAAAAAUCAUUGAGCCCAUUCAGAGUAGAUGUGCAUUGGUCCGCUUUUCAAGGUUGUCAGAUCAAGAAAUCCUUGGGCGUCUCAUGAUUGUUAUUGAGGCUGAGAAGGUUCCGUAUGUUCCAGAAGGUCUUGAAGCCAUAAUCUUCACUGCUGAUGGUGAUAUGCGGCAAGCUUUGAAUAAUUUGCAGGCUACUUACAGUGGAUUUCGAUUUGUCAACCAGGAAAAUGUUUUCAAGGUUUGUGACCAGCCUCAUCCUCUGCAUGUUAAGAACAUAAUUCGUAAUGUGCUUGGAGGAAAGUUUGAUGAUGCUUGUGGUGGUCUGAAGCAACUUUAUGAUAUGGGUUAUUCCCCUACUGACAUAAUCACAACUUUUUUCCGUGUUGUCAAAAACUAUGACAUGGCUGAGUAUCUGAAGUUGGAAUUUAUGAAGGAAACUGGGUUUGCACAUAUGAGAAUUGUUGAUGGAGUUGGCUCUUAUCUACAAUUAUGUGGACUUCUUGCCAAGCUAUCUCUUGUCAGGGAAACAGCCAAAGCAGUCUGAUAAACUAGUUAGAUAGUCGACUUAAGAGUGGUUUCUGUCGAUCUAGUGCAGAAGCUUCUCUGCUGCAAAUAUAGCUGUUACUUUGUUUCGGAGUUAGCUAAGUGUUGUAAGAAAAGCUAUAUCUAGGCAGGGCCUAAGACGUCUGGUUAAACCUCUGAAUUCGACGUACCAAUGCUGACAUGCAUUCAGACAAAGAAAAUUGAAAGCAAGUUGUUAGUGUUCUUAUGCUUGUAGUUGUAGCUAAUGAUGAUGUUCCAGACGAAAUGAAGCUGGAAAAUUUUAGCA